AUGUCUUCCUCUGUACGUAUUCUUUCAUUAUUUUGCCUAUUCAUCGAGCAUUAUCUCCAUUUAUUUCCUGUCGACAUCUUUCUCUCGUUCUUUAAUAUUUUCCUUCUGCUAUCGUCCUCUCACAAGACUUCUUUCAAUCCUUUUCAGUACGAUAAACUAUGUUUUCCUUUAUUUAACUUUAUUCCGAAAAACGAAUUCCAUUGGUAUUCUUUUCUUUGUUUUCUUUUUCUUCUUUAUCUCUUUCUUUUUGGCUCCUUUCCAUUCCUUUCCUUGUUUUCUUUUUCUUCUUUAUCUCUUUCUUUUGGCUCCUUUCAUUUUCCUUUCCUUUUUUUUUCUUUUUUUUUCUUCUUUAUCUCUUUCUUUUUGACUCCUUUCCAUUCUUUUCCUUGUUUUCUUUUUCUUCUUUUUUUCUUUUUUUUUAUUUCUUUUUUUUUUUUUCUUCUCUAUCUUUUCUUUUUUCCUUUCCAUUUCUUUUCCUUGUUUUUUUUUCUUCUUUAUCUCUUUCUUUUUGGCUCUUCCAUUCCUUUCCUUGUUUUCUUUUUCUUCUUUAUUCUUUCUUUUGGCUCCUUUCCAUUCCUUUUUUUUUUCUUUGUCUUCUUUUAUCUCUUCUUCUUUUUGGCUCCUUUUUUUCUCCUUUUUGUUUUCUUUUUUCUUCUUUAUCCGUUUCUUUUUGGCUCCUUUCCAUUCCUUUCCUUCUUUUUUCUUCUAUUCUCUUUCUUUUUGGCUCCUUUCCAUUCCUUUCCUUGUUUUCUUUUUUUCUUUUUUCUUUAUCUCUUGUUUUCUUUUUUUGGCUCCUUUCCAUUCCAUUCCUUUUUCUUUUGGCUCCUUUCCUUCUUUCCUUUUUUUUUUUUCUUUUCUUUCUUUUUGGCUCUUUUUCCAUUCCUUUCCUUGUUUUUUUUUUCUUUCUUUCCUUUCUUUUGGCUCCUUUCCAUUCCUUUCCUUGUUUUCUUUUUCUUCUUUAUCUCUUUCUUUUUGACUCCUUUCCAUUCCUUUCCUUGUUUUUUUUCUUCUUCUUUAUCUUUUUUUUUAGUUUUUUUUUUGGCUCCUUUCCAUUCCUUUCCUUGUUUUCUUUUUCUUCUUUAUCUCUUUCUUUUUUGCUCCUUUCCAUUCCUUUCCUUGUUUUCUUUUUCUUCUUUAUCUCUUUCUUUUUGGCUCCUUUCCAUUCCUUUCCUUGUUUUCUUUUUCUUCUUUAUCGUUUUUUUCUCCUUUCCAUCUUUUGUUUCUUUUUCCAUAUCUCUCUUUUUUUGCUCCUUUCCAUUCCUUUCCUUGUUUUCUUUUUCUUCUUUAUCUCUUUCUUUUUGCUCCUUUCCAUUCCUUUCCUUGUUUUUUUUUUCUUUAUCUCUUUUUCUUUUGGCUCCUUUCCAUUCCUUUCCUUGUUUUCUUUUCUUCUUUAUCUCUUUCUUUUUUUUUGGCUUUCCUUGUUUUUUUUCUUUCCAUUCCUUUCCUUGUUUUCUUUUCUUCUUUAUCUCUUUCUUUUGCUCCUUUCCAUUCCUUUCCUUGUUUUCUUUUCUUCUUUAUCUCUUUCUUUUGGCUCCUUUCCAUUCCUUUCCUUGUUUUCUUUUCUUCUUUAUCUCUUUCUUUUUUGCUCCUUUCCAUUCCUUUUCUUGUUUUCUUUUUCUUUUCUUUACUUUUGGCUCCUUUUUCUUUUUGGCUCCUUUUUCCAUUCUCCUUUCCUUGUUUUCUUUUCUUUUUUCUUUUUAUCUUUCUUUUUGCUCCUUUCCAUUCCUUUCCUUGUUUUCUUUUUCUUCUUUAUCUCUUUCUUUUCCUUUCCUUGUUUUCUUUUCUUCUCUUCUUUCUUUUGGCUUCCUUUCCAUUCCUUUCCUUGUUUUCUUUUUCUUCUUUAUCUCUUUCUUUUUGGCUCCUUUCCAUUCCUUUCCUUGUUUUCUUUUUUCUUCUUUUCUUUUCUUCUUUAUUCUUUUUCUUUUUGGCUCUUUUUUUUUCCAUUCCUUUCCUUGUUUUCUUUUUUCUUUAUCUCUUUCUUUUUCCUUUCCAUUCCUUUCCUUGUUUUCUUUUUUUAUCUCUUUCUUUUUUGGCUCCUUUUUCCUUGUUUUCUUUUCUUCUUUAUCUCUUUCUUUUUGGCUCCUUUCCAUUCCUUUCCUUGUUUUUCUUUUUUUUCUUCUUUAUCUCUUUCUUUUGGCUCCUUUCCAUUCCUUUCCUUUCUUUUCUUCUUUUUCUUUCUUUUUGGCUCCUUUCCAUUUCCUUUCCUUGUUUUCUUUUUUCUUUAUCUCUUUCUUUUUGGCUCCUUUCCAUUCCUUUCCUUGUUUUCUUUUUCUUCUUUAUCUCUUUCUUUUUGGCUCCUUUCCAUUCCUUUCCUUGUUUUCUUUUUCUUCUUUAUCUCUUUCUUUUUGGCUCCUUUCCAUUCCUUUCCUUGUUUUCUUUUUCUUCUUUAUCUCUUUCUUUUUGACUCCUUUCCAUUCCUUUCCUUGUUUUCUUUUUCUUCUUUAUCUCUUUCUUUUUGGCUCCUUUCCAUUCUUUCUUGUUUCUUUUCCUUUAUCUCUUUCUUUUGGCUCCUUUCCAUUCCUUUCCUUGUUUUUUUUUUUCUUCUUUAUCUCUUCUUUUUUUUUUUUUUCCUUGUUUUCUUUUUCUUCUUUUUCUUUCUUUUUGGCUCUUUUCCAUUCCUUUCCUUUUUUCUUUUUCUUCUUUAUCUCUUUUUUUUGGCUCCUUUCCAUUCCUUUCCUUGUUUUCUUUUUUUCUUCUUUAUCUCUUUCUUUUUGGCUCCUUUCCAUUCCUUUCCUGUUUUUCUUUUUCUUCUUUUAUCUCUUUCUUUUUGGCUCCUUUCCAUUCCUUUCUUGUUUUCUUUUCUUUAUCUCUUUUUUUUGGCUCCUUCCAUUCCUUUCCUUGUUUUCUUUUUCUUCUUUAUCUCUUUCUUUUUGGCUCCUUUCCAUUCCUUUUCCUUGUUUUCUUUUUCUUCUUUUAUCUCUCUUUCUUUUUGGCUCCUUUCCAUUCCUUUCCUUGCCCUUUUUCUUUUCUUCUUUAUCUCUUUCUUUUUGCUCCUUUUCCAUUCCUUUCCUUGUUUUCUUGUUUUCUUUAUCUCUUUCUUUUUUGGCUCCUUUCCAUUCCUUUUUCCUUGUUUUUCUUUUCUUCUUUAUCUCUUUCUUUUGGCUCCUUUCCAUUCCUUUUCCUUGUUUUCUUUUUCUUCUUUAUCUCUUUUUUUUGGCUCCUUUCCAUUCCUUUUCUUGUUUUUUUUUCUUCUUUAUCUCUUUCUUUUUUUUUCCCACCCUUUCCUUGUUUUCUUUUUCUUCUUUAUCUCUUUCUUUUUGGCUCCUUUUCCAUUCCUUUCCUUGUUUUCUUUUCUUCUUUAUCUCUUUCUUUUUUGACUCCUUUCCAUUCCUUUUCCUUUGUUUUCUUUUUCUUUUUUCUUUAUCUCUUUCUUUUUGGCUCCUUUUUCCCAUUCCAUUUUCUUGUUUUCUUUUUUUUUUCUUUUUUUCCAUUCCCUUUCCUUGUUUUUUUUUUCUUCUUUAUCUCUUUCUUUUUUUCCUUUCCAUUCCUUUUUUGUUUUUUUUCUUCUUUUCUCUUUCUUUUUGGCUCUUUUUCCAUUCCCUUUCCUUGUUUUCUUUUUUUUCUUUUAUCCUUUUUUUUUUGGCUCCUUUCCAUUUCCUUUCCUUGUUUUCUUUUUUUUCUUUAUCUCUUUCUUUUGGCUCCUUUCCAUUCCUUUCCUUGUUUUUCUUUUUUCUUCUUUAUCUCUUUCUUUUGGCUCCUUUCCAUUCCUUUCCUUGUUUUCUUUUUCUUCUUUUAUCUUUUUCUUUUUGGCUCCUUUCCAUUUCCUUUCCUUGUUUUCUUUUUUCUUCUUAUCUCUUUCUUUUUGCUCCUUUCCAUUCCUUUCCUUUUUUCUUUUUUCUUCUUUAUCUCUUUCUUUUUGGCUCUUUCCAUUCCUUUCCUUUUUUUCUUUUCUUCUUUAUCUCUUUUCUUUUCCAUUCCUUUUCCUUGUUUUCUUUCUUCUUUAUAUCUCUUUCUUUUUUGCUCCCUUUCCAUUCCUUUCCUUGUUUUCUUUUUCUUCUUUAUCUCUUUCUUUUGGCUCCUUUCCAUUUCCUUUCUUUGUUUUUUUUUUUUCUUCUUUAUCUUUUUUUUUUGCUCCUUUCCAUUCCUUUCCUUGUUUUCUUUUCUUCUUUUCUUUCUUUUGGCUCCUUUCAUUCCUUUCCUUGUUUUCUUUUUCUUCUUUAUCUCUUUCUUUUUGGCUCCUUUCCAUUCCUUUCCUUUUCCUUGUUUUUUUUUCUUCUUUAUCUCUUGUUUCUUUUUUUUCUUUUUUUUUCCUUUCCAUUCCUUUCCUUGUUUUCUUUUUUCUUCUUUAUCUCUUUCUUUUGGCUCCUUUCCAUUCCUUUCCUUGUUUUUUUUUCUUCUUUAUCUUUUUUUUGGCUCCUUUCCAUUCCUUUUUUUUUUUUUUUUUUCUUCUUUUAUCUCUUUCUUUUUGGCUCCUUUCCAUUCCUUUCCUUUGUUUUCUUUUUCUUCUUUAUCUCUUUCUUUUGGCUCCUUUCCAUUCCUUUCCUUGUUUUUUUUUUUUUUUCUUCUUUAUCUCUUUCCUUUCUUUCCUUCCUUUCCUUGUUUUCUUUUUUCUUCUUUUAUUCUUUUUUUGGCUCCUUUCCAUUCCUUUCUUGUUUUCUUUUUCUUCUUUAUCUCUUUCUUUUUGGCUCCUUUCCAUUCCUUUCCUUGUUUUUUUUUCUUCUUUAUCUCUUCUUUCCAUUUCCUUUCCUUGUUUUUUUUUUCUUCUUUAUCUUUUUUUUUCCAUUUCCUUUCCUUGUUUUCUUUUUUCUUCUUUAUCUCUUUCCUCCUUUCCAUUCCUUUCCUUGUUUUCUUUUUUUCUUUUUCUUUCUUUUUUUCUUUCCAUUCCUUUCCUUGUUUCUUUUUUCUUCUUUAUCUCUUUCUUUUGGCUCCUUUCCUUUUUUUCCAUUUCAUUCCUUUCCCUUUUUUUUCUUUAUCUCUUUCUUUUUCCCUUUCCAUUUCCUUUCCUUGUUUUCUUUUUCUUCUUUAUCUCUUUCUUUUGGCUCCUUUCCAUUCCUUUCCUUGUUUUUUUUUCUUCUUUAUCUCUUUUUGGUUUUUGGCUCCUUUCCUUUCUUGUUUUCUUUUUUUUUUUUCUUUUCUUUUUCUCCUUUUUUUGGCUCCUUUCCAUUCCUUUCUUGUUUUCUUUUUUCUUCUUUAUCUCUUUCUUUUUGGCUCCUUUCCAUUCCUUUCCUUGUUUUCUUUUUCUUCUUUAUCUCUUUCUUUUUGGCUCCUUUCUUGUUUUCUUUUUCUUCUUUAUCUCUUUCUUUUUGA